AUGGCACUAGCCGAGUUACCCACUUUGACAUCGCCGAUCCCAGGUGAGGUUUUAUCCAUGUAUUUAGCAUCAUCCAGAACGGAACCCAUCACAGUAUUAGUGGUAAACAGAGAAGACAAACAAGUACCCAUAUAUUUUGUAAGUCGUAUACUACAAGGAGCAGAGAUGGGAUAUUCUGAUAUGGAGAAACUGGCAUUCUGCCUAGUUAAUGCAUCAAGAAUAUUAAGAAGAUAUUUAUUAGCACAUGCCAUUAAACUACUCACAAAUAUCCCAUUGCGUCAAGUGCUAUUGAAACUAGGGAAGUCAGGAAGACUGGCUAAAUGUGUAAUGGAACUACGAUAG